ACAGUUUAAAUCUCCCUGGAAUAAAAUUGAUAGGGAACCUCCUCACAGAGAUACCUGAUCCUCUUACCUAUGAAUGAGUCUCUGUUAAUAUUCCUAGUAUGCCACUUACGCCCUACCCGAUAGAUAUGCUGGAGGUCAUUCUACCAAUAUUUUUCAAACACAAGUAGUAAUUCUUUAUGAGUUCCCCAUUAUCAAUGUUGAGUUUAACUAAGUACUUGGCUUAGUUGACCACAAACCCAGAUCUGAAUAACUGAACCCAGCUAGCUAGCUCUAGUUUUCCAUAUCUAAAAAUGGAAACAACAACACACAAGGUUUCUUCUGUUUGCUGUAUAGUACUCUUAAUUUCAGUGACGUUCUUCACCAGUUUGAUAAAUGCAAUCGACAAUGAAUGUGAAGAAGAACUGUUCAACAUCCACGAAGCCACCAUAGAGGAAAUCCAAGACGCCUUCACACGCCACCACCUCACGUCCAGGGAACUCGUCGACUUCUACCUGCACCGGAUCGAGGCUCUCAAUCCCAUCCUCCGCGCCGUUCUGGAAGUCAACCCGGACGCGCGUGAUCAAGCGGACAAGGCUGAUCGCGAGAGACGGCGGCGGAGUCGGGACCGUUCAUUGCUGCACGGGGUUCCGGUGCUGCUGAAGGACAGCAUCGCCACCGUGGAUGAGAUGAACACGACGGCGGGGUCGUUUGCGUUGCUGGGGUCGAAGGUUGCGCGUGAUGCGCACGUGGUGGCGAGGCUGAGAGACGCCGGUGCGGUGAUUCUGGGGAAAGCGAGCCUGUCGGAGUGGUAUACACUUCGUUCUUCCACCAUGCCUGAAGCUUGGUGCGCCAGAGGUGGACUUGCCCUGAAUCCUUAUGUGGAGUCAAGAAGUCCAUGCGGAUCUAGCUUUGGAUCUGCCAUUUCAGUGGCAACAAACAUGGUUGCAGUCUCAUUGGGGACUGAAACUGAUGGCUCCAUUAUUUGCCCAGCUGAUCACAACUCAGUAGUGGGGUUCAAGCCCACCGUUGGACUCACUAGCAGAGCAGGUGUCAUACCAAUCUCACCUCGUCAAGAUACAAUUGGGCCAAUAUGCAGGACAGUUUCAGAUGCAGUUCAUGUGCUAGAUGUGAUUGUUGGAUUUGACCCAAGAGAUUCUGAAGCUACAGAGUCAGCAGCUGAGUUUAUACCUCAAGGUGGUUACAAGCAGUUCCUCAAGAAAGAAGGGCUUAAAGGAAAGAAACUCGGUGUUAUGAGGGAUCCUUUUUUUAACUCUUAUAAUGGAUCUAAUGCUAUUUCCAUCUUUGAGGAUCAUCUGAAUGUGUUGAGGCAAAGAGGUGCAACAGUGUUAGAUGAUUUGGAAAUAGAAAAUUUAAGCAUCAUUCUGGACCCUUUCCAAAGUGGUGAAACAAUUGCCUUACUCACAGAGUUCAAGCUGUCCAUCAAUGAUUAUCUGCAAGAGCUUGUUUCUUCUCCUGUGAGGUCACUAGCUGAGGUUAUUGAAUUCAACAUCAAAAACCCUGAUUUAGAAAAGACAAAUGAGUAUGGGCAGGAUAUGUUAAUUGCAUCAAAUAUGACCAGUGGCUUUGGAGAGAUGGAAAAUGAGGCAGUGGAGAUGAUGAAGAAAUUAUCAGAGAAUGGGUUUGAGAAGCUAAUGAAGGAGAAUAAAUUGGAUGCACUGGUGACCUUAGGUUAUGAUGUUUCAGUGAUGCUAGCCAUUGGAGGGUAUCCUGCAAUCACUGUCCCAGCUGGGUAUGACAGCCAGGGAAUGCCCUUUGGGAUCUGUUUUGGGGGUUUACAGGGAACUGAGCCAAAACUGAUUGAGAUUGCUUAUGGGUUUGAGCAAGCCACCAGGGCAAGGAAGCCUCCCCCUCAAUAUUCCUUCACAGAAAUGCACAAACUAAAAGAUUUCUAAUAAACUCAGGUUUGGUUAAUGCAAUUAACAUCUUUAGCAUUGAUGUCAUUGUCCAAUGCAAUGCAAGAGGCCCUGUGGUUCAUAUCACCCUGACUACGUGUGUGUUUGGAAAUCCUUCUACAAAUUGAUUAUAGAGCUGAAAUUACUUCUCGAAAGAAGCUUCUGUUAAUUAGAAACUAAUCAAAUUUUUAGAAUUGAUUCUGAAAAAAAAAAGUUAAUCCAUGCUAUAUUUUCCUA